UGUUUUUAUGUGCAAAAAACAAAAACGUAAAAAGAAGUGAAAAAGAAAACGACACGUAAAUAAAAGAAAUCAAUUUUUUUUCGUCCUGUAAUUAGAAAAAACACUUUGAACUAAUUAAAAUUAAAAAAAAAUGUCUUCUAAAUUGGAAGAUAAUAAUCAAAAUGGUUGGGAUUUAGAUGAUGACAAUGACUGGGAUGAUUGGGGUGAUGCCGAAGAUACUGUAGCUGAAGAAGAGACACAAACUAAGGCAGCAGUAACAGCAGCGCCAGUGAAUAAUACAACAAAAGCAGAAAAUAAUAAUUCCAUAUUAAAAAACAAGACAGAAACGAAAGUCAGCUCUGAAAAUAACAACUCCACAAGAGUAACAGCAGAGGCAGCUCCCCAGCAACAAGUGCAACAAAGUAGACCGCAACAGUCUUCUGGUUGGGGCAGUUUAUUUGGUGGAGUAGUAUCUACGGUUCUUAGUACAGCUAACGAAUUGACUUCUACAGUAUCCCAUGGUUUGGACAAAGUAAUAGGAGUGCCUGAUCCCGCCGAAUUGGCGCGCAUUAAUGCUAUAGAAGAAGCCAAGGCCAAAACACAGGAACAAUUGCAGCAACAACUACCAGAAGAGGAAAGAUCUUUAACCCCUACAAAUGCUCCAGCUCCAGUUUUUGGUUUAGGUCUCGUUAAUAAUGUCACCUCAUUGGGCAGCAAGGUUCUAAACACCGGUCUUGAUACUUUAGAGGGUAUAGGCAAGAAAACUAUGAAUAUUUUGCAAGAAAAUGAUCCUUUGCUAAAGAAUAAAAUAAAAAAAUUGGGUUUAGAGCAAGAUAAACCCAAUCUAAGUGAGGUACUCAAAGAAGCCAAAAAAGAAAACGAACAGUUGGAACAGUCUUUAAAGGAAUUGAGUUUGGAAAAAUCGAAAGCUUUAUUAAGAUUUGAAAUAUUAUUUGAAAAUAACUGUGGUCUAGUGCAUCUAGAAGCUUUGGAAAUCUUAUCCAAAGAAUCCCAACUCAAAAUACAGGCACUCAAAGAAUCAGUAUCAGGCAAAGCCUUGGAAGAGUUACUAGAAACUAUUAACGAGGUUAAGGAACUUAUGGAAUUAGAGGAUUUAGAAGGAGAGCCUGAGAAUGAAGACUAUGACGAAGAAGAGUUAAAUAACAAUCUUAAACAAGCUAUAGAAGACAUUGAAUUAAAAAUUCAAUUUGAGGAAAUCACCAGCUUAUGGUCCAGUUGCUGUACUUGGUUAGCAGCCGAUGAUACGCAAAAUUUAGAUUCCCAGGCCGUGUUUGCCAAAGGCAUUAUCUCUUUAGCUGAAACUUGUGCUUUGGAAAUGUUAAAAUUGCACAAAAUUGCUGAACUUUUACUGGUCAAAGAGCAUCACAGCACCGCCAAUGAGGUGGAUGGUAUUGUGCAAUUAUGCAAACAAUUUAUUAUGCAUUUACAGUCACUAGCAAAUCGUUUUGCCUCUAAACUGUCCCAGCACUCGGAAAAAGAUGAAGCCAAGUCACAUAUUAACACUUUAUUUGCUGAAAUGUUACAGGCCCGCCAGCAAAUCGAAAAAGCUUUUCAACUCUUUUUACCCAUACUACAGAUAGGAGCGGUUUAAAACUUUUAUUCCAAAAAAAAAACAAUGUAAAUGAGAAAUUACUAGUUCAUCAUUUUCAUAAGUUAAUGUUAAUAUUCUUUUAUAAUUGUUAUUAAAAAACAAAACAAACAAAUAUUGUAUGUAAAACAACAAAAUAAACGAUUACACAGUAAA